AUGCCUCCACGAGGAAUCUCCCGAUACUUCAAACGGCCGGCCUUCUCGCAACAGGAUGACGAUCGCGCGUCCGAAACGCCCGCGAAACCAUCUUCCCCGGCCCCGGGGGAGUCGUCUCCACUCACGGAGCUCGAGCUCUCCUCGUCGUUCUUGUUGUCGAACCAUGCCUCCCCGCAGGGCGCUGAUGACUCGGCGUCGCAGCUGAAGCGCUCGUUGAUGCGCGCUGCUGAGAAUGCCUCGGAUACCCCGAGUGAGCCCGAGCAGCUGGGUCCGCUGGAUUUCGGGGAUGGGGGUGUCGCGGAUCCGCCGCCGCCGCUGCCGCAGCAGCACGGAGGGGCAGGAGCCAGUUUCGACCAUCUCCCGCAGCGCAUCGUCAAGAAUGGGAAGGAGGUUGUGAUUAGCUCUGAUGGCGAGGACACGGAUUCCGUGGGGUCACUUGAGGCGCCGGAAGCGUUGUUUAUGAAGUUCGCGAAGCCGUCGGCGGUUGCUGCGCGCGAGAAAGAGACCGACGACGAUGUGUUCGCUUCGCCGCGUUUGAAUCAUGAUCCGAAUAGCGGGAGGUUCGGCAAGGGCCGCAAGGCGCCGAAGGUGUAUAAGAACACGAUGGACACGCUCGUUACGCGGGCGGUCGAUGACAACGAGACUGAGGCUAGUGUCGCCAAGCUCAAAGCUGCGUUUGGACGCGACCAAGCUAGGGACGAUGCUGGCGACAAUCACUUGGACGAGGGUGUCUUGACGUCGGCGCUCGGGGAACAAGAUGGUGAGAUGGAGAUGCGGCGGUUACUAGACGCGGUCCGAAGAACUGAGGCGUUCGAUCUGGAGAAGAUCUGGACUUUCUUUGAUUAUGGAAGUGGGGUGGCUCCGGCGCUGGAGUUUCCUCGAGAUUCGGUCAAACCGGGAACAUAUAUGAGUGCACUGAGGGAACCCGACUCGCGGGAACGAGCGUUUCACUCGGGCAUACUUGACUUUGCGCUGUCGAGGGGAUUUCUCACGGAUGAUAUACUUCUAUGGAUAUUUCACUCUGUACCCUCAGAGCCUCGGGAAGGCCUGAGACAUGCUUAUUGCCGGGCAUUUAAGCACUCCAAGAAAGAACGCGUGGAAUCCCUCAUACGGCCUGAUACCAUUGACGUUCUCUUCGAAAGACUGGGAGCCACCAAGAAAGCGCUGGCAGUUUCUGACCCUAUUGUUCCCCACACGCUUCCCAAGGGCAAUCUCCCAACGACGACUAUCCAACAUCAGGCUUCCUUACUUUCUGUUUUAGAGCUGCUCUCCGGCAUAGCACCACUACUCUCAGAUGAUACCCGCGAACACACCCUCCUCCUCCUCUUCCGCCUAACCCUCGACGUCUCUCUCACCAACGACCCAGAAAUCUCCUCGGCGCUUGAAAGAACAAUCCACGACCUAUUCCAAGGCAUCCCUGAAGAAGCCGACGAUGACCUCGAACUUCGCCUCUGCACCACCCUCCACACUACCAUCAAAGACACCAUCCUCCAAACCCGCCUCCUGAAACACAUGCUCCCAUCGACCAGCCACAUCGCAAACUGGCGGUCCCGCCUCGCCCUCUCCUACAUCAUCGACUCCGCAACACCCCUCUCCGAAGACCCAGAUGUCAUGCACACCCUCCGACGAAUCAUCACCGCUCUCAAGGACCCCCGCUUCAACAUCAAACAACACAAAGGUGCAGCAGCAGCAUCAAAGAACCGACACACUCACACCGGAGAAUACGACUACAACGACCUCGCCGCCAUCACCUACCAACUCAACGUAAUCCUCGACUCCGGAUGGUCCGGCCUCGCCUUCCCCGAUCGAGACGCCAAACGAGCAUUCAACGCAGAACUAGACGUGUUGGCCGACCGAAUCAAGAAGAUCUUCACGGCGAUCGAAGACUCCGGGGCGUCGCAUUUGAAGCGCACGUUGACGAAGGGCGCGCUGGAGGCGUUGCAUUAUCGGGUGGUCUACUCGGUGAGGACGAAGCCGCCACCGAAGAGGACGUUGUUUGAGAGUAUCGAUACGGGUCAGAGUCGGGAGCAGAAGAAGAUGACGCAGAUUUGGAAGGGCGUGAAGAUGCAGGGGGAGGGGGGGAUUCCGAUACGGGGGUCUCACGAGGUGCAGUCUUGA